AUGACCGACAAGAAAUAUAAACUGGCAGCUGCCGUUUAUGAUCCAGGACACAAGGAGAACCUGUUGGUGCUGAGACAACAUGUUCAAGAGCAGCUUCACAUCAAUGCAAAACAGAAGUGGAGACUAAAGGAGAUGGAGGAAGAGAAGCUUCACAAACAAGGCAUUCUGGAUGAAAAGAAUAAGUUAAUUCAGGAUAUGGAAGAGCAAAUUAAGACACUUGAAAUUAACAGGGUAGAGAUUUCUGAAAAACUGGAGAAUGCUAAUUGCAAGAUUAAGAUGCAGAUCAUCACAUUGAUGAACAUGAAAGAGGAGUUAGAAAAGAGUAAGAAGGAGAAGAACACAAUGAAGAUUCAGAUUAAAAAGGCAACUGAGAUGCAAAAGACAGAGCAGAAGAAAAAAAAGACCCUGAAGAGGCUGAUACUCACCCUGAGGCGUGCCCUUGAUAAACAGACACAUACAGCAAAAGAGGUUGAACACAUGGCACUGAUGCUCCAGAAACACCAAAAAGACUUUGAUAAAUUGAUAAAGAGCACAAUAAGGCAGAUUGACUUCAACCGUAGCAAGGAGACAAAAUCUGCCUGCCUUGCAUGUGAAGUGAAGCCUUCAUCACCAAAGGAGUUAGAUGAUCAGCAAAACGAUGAAGCUUGUACAGUGGAAGUAAGCAGCUCUAUCUAUAGGCUGGAGGAGAACUCAGAGCAGGAGACUGAAACUGAGGUGAUGGACUGCACCUUCAACCACAGCAUGGAGGUGACAAAUCAGGGCCUUGCAACAUGUGACGCACUAGAGAAGUCCUCAUCACUAAAGAAGUAG